AUGGGAGGUGCACCAGUCUUUUUCGGAGAUCCAGAGAAGAUGCGCUUUGAAGAUGAGCAGGCACAACUGGGUGAUCUGGAUUGCCAUUGGCUGCGAUGCAGCGCCAACGGCAUGCCGAUGCCUGAUUUACUCAGUGACGAUCCUUCAAAGUAUCAUUUCAGAUCCAUGUUCCGGGCCACGGUGCAGGCGAGUGACCUCCCUCGCGGUGAGGGGAAGGGGGUGCUUAGCUCUUUCGUGGUGCAGAAAAUGGCGCAACACGGCCAAAAGGUCCAGGAGAUGAUGCUGAGCCCCAAGGACUUCCUGUUGGAGGCCUUGGACCUGUGGGAGAAACUAUACCUCUGCAUGUCUCGUGCCUUGCGCCUGAUGUCGCAGCACGCAGAGCACAGACCCCCGAGUGGUCAGAUUCGGGGCUUUGGGCGCGGCAGAGGCUUUGGAGGCUAUCCUUUGGAACAGCCGCAGGCCGUCUCUGUUCCACAGGACAGCGGCGAGGAUGCACAAUCCUCUGAUUCAGCGGCGGAGGACGAGGACGAGGAGAAGUCGGAGAAGCCGCAGGAGACCGGCCGAGAGGCAGAAGCCAAGCUGGAACAGCAGAAGAAGCACCGGCGACAAGUGGAAAGGGUGGAGGUCUUGCGGACGCUUCAGCGGCUGCUGGAAAGCUGUUGGCCACUCCUUGAAGACGGUCAGAGGAGAGAGAUUCUAAGCUUCGCGGUGGAGAAUAUCAGCUUGGGGCUCCAGCAGAUCUUUCAGGACGCUGCCGAGGAGCACCGAGACGAUGAGAUCCAGAGCCUAGGCAUGGGGCGCUUCUUGGCGCAAGAGCUCUCUGAGAUGCAGAUGGGUUUGGCGUCUCAACAGCGGUCCGUCAGUUGGCCGCCGAGCGUUUGCAAUAUGGUUCUGACGGCGUUUGAGACCCAGAUUGGCUUAUUCAGGCGAACGUCGCAAAGCUAUCACCACUUUGGCAACUUUGUGUCCAUGUCCAGCGCCCCACCGGAGCUCUCCUACCCUGUGACUUCACCCUCUGCAGGGCAGUGCCAGCGCCUGAAGCAGUGGAAGAAGGUCAUUCGAAAGCUGCGCAAAGGUGACGAGGGCGACGGCACCGGCACCGGGUCGCGCGGGGCGGCCGCCGUGCUGGGCACCUGGGGAUGCUUGCCGACUGCAGCACAAUAUGUUUCGCUGAGUUUUUUGUUUGACUGGACAGGCUUCAACAGUUCGAGUGUCGUGUGUCGACACUUCUGGAAGCUUUGUCAUCAGGCCGCUAGCUGGGAAGGGAUCCAACUGGUGGCUAUGGGAGUUGACCAACAAGGCUGUGAACUGCUGGAUAACAACGCCAGGCUCGCUUUCCGCAGCGACAGCAAAAUCUGCAUGAAUCACUGGAUGGUGAGAUAUUUGCGACUUGGCAUGGCCAUGGAGACAUCCAAGCGGCCCAUUCUGCUGGGCCCAAACACCAAGCAACUGCAGAGGCUUGCGAAGGCCUUCGAACUGCGGGGCUUUGCCUGGCCCUGGAGCUUUCCGCAGCAUGAGCUGGACAGGUUGGCCUCGGCAAAGGCUCCUGCGAAGCGCAAGUCCCGCAAGCUGCCGGUGCCAUGGAUGGCCGACACGGCCAGCGAAGGAGCUUUUGAUGCUCAGCAGGAGGUUCUCCUAACCUUUCCUGAGUCAGAGGAAGUUCUGCAUCUGAGCGUCUGCUCGGAACGGACCAUCCUUACCAGGUCUCACGCCAGCCUGGGUGGUGCCUGGUUCGAGGCCGCAUAUGCCGAAGUUGCUUGGAUCUUUGACCCACAGGCCCUGGCCUCGGUGGACUUGCUCUCUCUGGCGCUGAUCAGCAAUGGCCUGGCUCAUUCCAGGUCGAAGGGGCAGGACACCCUGCGCCUCUUCCUUCGAGGCCACGGGGCUAAGGCCUCGCCCCAUGCGUUGCUGGCGAGCGCGCCCGCGGCGGCGCCGCUGGUGCAACAGGAGAUGCGGCAGGAGCCGGUGCUGGGACCAGGUGUCUACGUCAGUGCAGAGACCAAUGACCGCAGCCUAGAUGAUGUUGGCGAAUAUGAGGACGAUGAAGUGGUGUCAGAUGCCAUCAACGACCCCAUGGGCUUCUUUGGUGCUGCGGGCAAAUCCACGUUGCAGUCACCCUGGCAACUUCCAUCGCCAAGCUUGACAUCGCUUCAAAGUGGCGAUCGUUGGGGCUUGGCUUUAGUGAAAGUCAUGGGAGGCUUCGAUGCGGACAGGUACACGAUGGGGCGCAUGGUGGGAUUGCUCGUCCUUUUGAAUCAGAAGGUCAUUGGCUGCUGUUGGUGUCACGGUGUAAAUGGCUUCAAGAGCCAGGCCGCCUUCCUCGAAGUCCAAGCCAUGGGUGGCAGCCACGUAGGACUUGCAGCGCAGCGAUUGGCGGAACAGCCACCUCUGAAGGAGUGGCUGAAGGCGCUGGAAACUGCGCCCGUGUUGCGAGCGCAGUUUCGGGCAGCUUGA